UAUCGUUAGAAAGUGAAAGGAAUUUGUAAACGUAACGUAAACAUAUCGGUGCGAGACACCCGCGCGCUCGAUCGGAUUGCCACAUCGGACAAAACGGGGAACCAAUUCCCAGCUGCACUUCGGAUAUCGUGAGGAUAUUUAUCUACAAGCUUUUAAUCGCCGCAGGUAGAAAGAAUUCAUAAGCGGGGCAGCGCAACUUAAGCUGUUGAUAAAUUAUUUUGGUUCACUUGACGCGUGACGCAAAUCAGUGGAGGAACGGAACAAAAGAGGUGCAAUUGAGGCGACGGGAAUGGCAGUGUUAGUGGGAGUGAAGAAAAAGGCGACCGACAAACGAUUAUGAACAAUUCCUUGACGCGCGACAAAUAACGACAAGCAACGAUAAAUAACGCCAAAGGCAAUAUGAAGUCCAGCGUAACAAAACAGUCUUCACCGCUAGGGCCAGGUGCGGCCGUAGGCGGAACGGGAACUUCCGACUCGAUGGCGUCGAUGGCCGAGAGUAGGCAUAAAAUGGGCAAAAUGUCGGACGUGUUGGCUCUCGGCCCCGUGAACGGGGAACGAAAGUUUGUUGAUUACUCGACCAUCCGCGAGAAAACGGUUCUCGUAUGUCCGACGGAGGAUCAGUUUGAUUUGUUGACCAAGCGAUUAGAGGAGCGCAUCUGCGCCAGCCGCGGCGAGACGGUGUAUGAGAUCGGCAUCGGCGAAGAUGGAGGCGAGAACGGUUUGGAACCCGACGAGUACGCGGCGUCACUGGCGACGUUACAGUCGCUAGCCGCAAUGCUUGACGCAGAGUGCGUCGAGCUGCGCAUUCGCAAGGCGGAGAAGGGUACGACCGGUCAGUAUUUGAUCCGGCGGAAGGUCGAGGAGGACGAUUUUACCGAGGUGCGCGUAGCGGUCGUGGGCAACGUUGAUGCGGGCAAGUCGACGCUGCUCGGGGUGUUGACCCAUGGCGAACUGGACAAUGGCCGUGGCUUUGCGCGGCAACGACUAUUUCGACAUAAACACGAGAUCGAAAGCGGACGAACCAGCUCCGUGGGGAACGAUAUCCUCGGGUUCGACAGCGUGGGGAAUGUGGUCAACAAACCGGAUCAUGGUACGCUUGAUUGGGUAAAGAUCUGCGAGAAAUCGGCCAAAGUUAUCACCUUCAUUGACCUGGCCGGCCACGAACGAUACCUGAAGACCA